GUCAUCCGCAGCCGGUCCGAGUACACGAUCGGUCUCGAUUGCUGCAAGCAGUGACUCCUCCCACUCCUCCCCGCCAAGUCUUGUGCCGUCAACUCCCUUAGAUCAAGUUAACGAUGUUGUGGCUUCCGAAGCAUCGGACCCCUCCCCUCGUUCUGUGCCACUAUCGACAUUCUACAAAAUGAGCACGUAGUAGCAGCCCGAGAAAACGUUCGGGACUCUAAAUUAUUAGGGGAAUUAGAGGCAGAGAUCGAGAGGGACUGUGAUACCCUUAAGAAUUUUCUGUCGGCAGCGCAGGUAAUAGAUGAAAUUUCUCCACGGUCGAAAGAUAGCAUUAUAGGGACUGGUGAGAAGCUGGCAUGUAGGCUAAUGGCAACGAUACUUCGUGACAGGGGAAUCGAUUCCGAGUAUAUUUCCCUGGAAAACAUUCUUCCUAACGAUGAAGGGGACCGCUUCACUUUCGGCGAAGGUGAUCAAUUGGACCAAUGGUUUUAUGAUCGGUUGUCUGCAGUCAUGGGGGAGAGGAUCAGACGCUGUGGAUCAAAGGUACCCGUCGUCACAGGCUUCUUUGGUCCGGUCCCCGGUUCCCUUCUGAGACAAAUCGGCCGCGGUUACACAGAUCUCGCAGCUGCUUUGCUGGCUGCAGGACUAGAGGCAUCCGAGUUGCAAAUAUGGAAAGAAGUGGAUGGGAUAUUCACCGCAGACCCUCGUAAAGUGCCCACAGCCCGCCUGAUCCCAAUCAUAUCACCGGAAGAGGCGGCCGAGCUCACUUAUUAUGGAAGUGAGGUCAUCCAUCCAUUCACUAUGGAGCAGGUCAUAAGACGAGAUAUACCAAUCAGGAUCAAGAAUGUGGAGAACCCACAAGGUGGAGGAACGGUAAUCCACCCCGAUCCUGACGAAAGCCUUGAAUUUAUGUCAAGACUCCCAUCCGGCUCUGUCACUCCCGAAGAGAUAUCCGUAUCGCGAGUACACUCACUAUCAUCGCCCACGUCCACCAAACAUCGGAGACUUCCCACCGCAGUAACAAUAAAGGAGAAUAUUGCUAUUGUCAAUGUGAACUCAAACCGGAAAACGGUGUCUCGCGGUUUCUUCGCGAAAAUAUUUGGACUGUUGGAUAAAUUUGGACUCGUAGUCGACCUCAUCAGCACCAGUGAGGUACAUGUUAGCAUGGCAAUGGAUGACUCGCUUGAGAAGCGGUUAUUUGACCGUUUGCUACAAGAACUGUCGAAGAGUGGAUCUGUCUCCGUGCGCCGGCGCAUGGCAAUCCUGUCGUUAGUUGGGAAGAAGAUGCAUCAUAUGAUUGGGAUAUCCGGUCGCAUGUUUACCGCGUUGGCUGAUGGUAACAUCAACAUAGAGAUGAUAAGUCAAGGCGCGUCGGAAAUAAACAUCUCCUGCGUCAUUGAUGGGCAAGACGCCGUGAAGGCUCUGAAUUUGAUUCACCAAACUUGUCUUCAAAUAAAGCCUGAAGGUGCCAGAGGCAUCGUUGGACAAUGGCUGUUUUAGCUUCUCCUUUGAUGUUAAAAGAGUUAGGUGGACGACAAGGGGAAAUAGUGACAUUUGAUGUAUGUACAGCCUUGAGCAGUAUCCCAUUCCAUAGCAACCCACACGUCUCCCUCCGAC